CCGGUGUGGGGGGAUGGUGGGGAACAGCUGACAAUCUAAACAUUAGACAUCUUUGAUCCAUUUUUCAAUCGUUUUCUCACAAAUGCUCCAAUAAUUUUGAAUAUGACAGAAACAUAACAAGUGCGGGUUUUCUUUUGUUUCUGUAGUUUUCGUAGGUUGUUCCGAUUGUAUUAGUUUCACUAAUUAAUGUUGAUUUUGUUGAUUUUAAUGAAGUGUGACGUCAUGUGAUUGCGUUUUAUAUGGAGAACUGCUAUGUGCAAGAAGAGAACCACCUAUGCAGUUGACACCAUCCUCCAUACUCAACCAUGAAUUUUCUGUCAGUUCAAAACAAUUUUGGCAUCAAAUCACACAACAACAGUUUCUUGUUAUCCACCGAACCGCCUUUGAAAACCGCAACAUAUGCAGAUAGCCGACUGACAGAAAACAACAACCAAGAGAAGACCACAACACUGCAGGAGGUUUGGUCAAAGGAGAAAUUCAAUGUGGGCAAAGUUACCGAAAGAGCCAGUGUCUACAAUAACCUCAAGAUGUCUUGGGCAGACGAGCAGCCUAUCAGGUUGCAGGAAGAAAGUCAGCAGUCUGAAGAGGUAACAGAGGAACCCCAAAAAGAAACUAAAGAGAUUGAAGUGGAUCAGAGUAGCAACAAGGAAGAAACACCUUCUCAUCAUGCGCGUAGGCCACCAAAUGCCUUUUUGAUUUUUUGUAAGAAACACAGGCCUAUAGUUAGGGAGAGAUUCCCGAACUUAGAGAAUAGGGGUGUGACCAAAAUACUAGGAGAAUGGUGGGCAUUGUUAAAUAAUGUUGAAAAACAGCCAUAUAAUGAUUUGGCCAAAGAGUACAAAGACGCCUUCCUAUCAGCCAACCCGAACUUCCGCUGGUACAAACUCCCCGCUCCUCCUUUGCGUACUUUGACGGCUCGCCCGGCAGUUCCUAAGCCAGGCCCGCCUAUUUCAAGCACCGCCUCCACGGUGGGCGGAGACUUGCCAACUGUGACCACGCCUCCUUCCGCGGAAUUCACGCCCGGCAAGCUGGCCGACGAAUCACAGUUGGGCGGAUUGACGUCGCUCAUGAACAACAAUUGUGUGGCACCUUCUAUUUCUGAAGCGGGGAAGGGGGAGUGUUGUUUGAAGGAGGACGUACAGAGUAAGGCAGAAAGCAGUCCGGUAUCCAACAUAGACGUGAGCACUCCACCAAAACCAAUCAAAAAAAGAUUUUCAGAUUACUAUCUGGAGAACAAAGGCUGUGUGAGGAAUCUCGGCCUGCAGGAUAUGCAUCCACCAAAGAAUGAGGAGAUUGAUAGGGAAGGAGAAGGAAAUCUCACCAAUCAGGAUUUGAUGAAUAAGGUGGUCGAUGACAUGUUUAUCCGUCAUCAAGACGACUCUGAAGACAAAAACGGCCUGAAAGAAGUACGGAAAUCAGAGCGCAUGUGCAAAGGGAAGAGGUACGAGAUGUUUAUGGUUGAGGGAAAACUCUUGGGCAACCGUAGAGAGACGAAAUUCGUGCAGAGGAACCGCAUCGACACCAAGAUCGAAAUGGAACUGAACGCCAUCAAUAACAAUAAACCUGAAACACCAAAGCUAGAUUUAGGGAACACCAUUAAACGCUUGGCUGAGCGCACCAAUGUCAAGAUCGAUCUAAUUGAUGGUCAGAGUGAGAAUCUUACAAAUACAAAUGUCAAUACUAUGGACUUUUUGAACCAAACUACCGCUGAAAACCUCAAAAGGACUCGCAGCAUAUCGGAAACGUCAGAGAGUAACAAUAAUAACAAGAGUGCGCUGCCAAACUUCAACUUGGACCUGAGGAUUUCUCACUUACCUUGUCUCAGCUACGAUGAGUUCACUUCUAGAAAACGUGAGAGCAAGAAACGCAAGAUACGGGCGAAAACUGACGGAGAAUCCCGACACAAGGUUUCAAAAAUGGAAGCUCAGCCAGUAGGAUCGAAAAAGCGCAAGAAUAAACAGAGCAUUACUCAUCUAAGCAAGAGUGAAGAGGAUGAGGCAGGUUUGAGUGGAGACUUGCUCGGCUUGGCAACACUGGCCGAGGUAGCGGCCAAUACGGAAAAAAUCAACGAACAACUAUCAGAGUGAUAUAGUAUUAAAAAAAGGGAUCAUAUGCUCAGAGAUAAUGACACGUUUUGUGGUACGUUCUAGAAAGUUGGAUAUUUUUUCAUAUAAUACUGCCUUGUGUCUUCUGAACUAGGUAUAUACAUUUGAGGGAGGGAUAUCUGGACUUAGCCUUCAGGAUUAUUCUCUAAUGUUUGCCUAAAAUAAUCUUUCUUACAUUUUAUAGUAGCGGCAGAUUGAAGAUGCACUUCUAAAGUUUGACAAACACCUUCCAAUCAAAUUUUCUCAUUCAACUUGUCCUAAGCAAGCAUGAUGAAAAAAUAUGUUGCCUAAACAUGCUUCUCGAUUCUAUACAAUUUUAUCAGCCAUUAGCUGCACAUGUUCCAUGCAGACCUAAAAUAUUUUGUUUUGAAGAACUGUUCAACUUCUAGCCUUAUUAUUUUACAGAGUAUAGUUACUUAUAUAAUUCUAUUAAUAUUGAACAGUAACUAUGAUAUACCAUUAUAUAAAGGUUUACAUGAUUAAAUAUUUUUGACAGAAUAUAGGAAUGAAAGUACUAUUAUAAAUAGUCAUACCAAUUGUACUUAUUUUUAUUUUAUCCUCCAUCUCUAUACAAAAACGUACCAGAAAAUGUGACCGAUCUUUGGAGCGCAAAUUUUUACCUAUAUUUCGUUUCUCUUGAUUGUUUUGGGCGAUUUCCAACAUUUAUUGGCAUUAUUUGAAUACCAAAAUCUAUAUGCAUGUGCCUGAGUUAUCAUAUUUAUUAGCUUUGAAAGAGGUGGUAGAUUCAUUCCAACUACUCAAAAUAAAUCAAAAGGAAUAAGUUAUUCUACCAAAUCAAAAGUGCAAUAAAGCUCUCCUGAAUUGAGGAUCAAAAACACAAUUUAAUAUAUAUUUCCUCUUAUGUAGUACCGUUUUUGAUGAAUUAAUCACCUUUUUCACUGUUUUUAGAAACAAAACAACUGUUUUUUUUUUAUUUUAUUAAGGACUAUUAAAUGAGUAUGAUAGAAUGAUCGGUUAUAUUUGGUAUGCAUCUAUCACCACAAAAUCUUUCAACUUGAACGUUUAUAGUAAGAAAUUUUAAACGCAAGCAAUAAAGUGAUGGUCCAUAAUUUUACCAAUUAUUGACUUUUACGCGUUUCGACUUACGCCUUAUAUAUCGCGGCUAUGUGGUUUAAAAAAUAAACAACAGCAAGGCUAAUACACCUAUUUGUUAUGUUUGUGGAGGUUUUAUUUGUUGUAUAUGCAUUUUAUGAGAAUAUAUACAUAUAUAUGUCUAAAAUUGUUAUGUAGAGAUCCUUACAACUAAUUUUAUAUUUGUGAUCUUGAAAGUUAGUGUUAUAGACUUGUGAGCACAGCAUUCAAAAAUAAAAAUUAUUGAAACACAAGGCUUUAUGAUAGAAUAUUUGUUCGUUGCACAGUUAUUGUUUUUAGAUUCUAUGCUCACAGGACUGUUGAAAUAUUAUUGUUUUCUUUAUAUUUGUUUAUGUUUGGUUUUUGUUAUAUUCAUAUGUAUAUGUUAACCAUCUAAUAAUAAGUAUACCAAAUCAUCUUCAAUAAUUAUUAUUUUAAUAGUCUUAUUUUUAUGCUACUUUGCUAUAUUUCAAAUCGCAGAAUAGCAUUCUGUUUAAUUGUAUGUUUUUUUUGUUUGUUUGUUUGUUUAUGAUCUGAUUUAUCCUGUUUGUAGACUUGGGUUACCUUAUAAAGGAAGUGACAAAAAAUAUGUUUUGGUAAGUCCAAUCUGUUGAAAUAUGUAAAAAAAAUCAUCUUUGAAGUUUGUUUCACAGGACCUAUUCUUUUGUGUUUUGAAACCUUCUACAGACCGGAAUGGCUAUGGACUGAAGAUAUUUUUAACAUCACGAAUCAUUAAUUUUGAAUUGUAUUUCUUGUUUGUCUUCCACUUAUGCACCUGAGCAUUACGAAAUCAAUAGAAACGUUGGUUUUCAAUAAUGAUUGUUUUUUCAUUAUUUUAUUAUUGUCUGAUUAUGCAUGUGAAAAAUAUUUCAGUGCAUACAAAUUUUUAACUCUUAAAUUUGGUCACCUUUAUACUGACAUUUUCAUCUCAAGGUGAUUUACUUUUCUUUGCGUUGCUCUCUGGGGACGUAACAAUUUGCAUCGGCACUUAAAAGUAACUAAAAAAUAAUUUUUGAUCUAAAGUAAGUACUUUCAUAAAUCAUCAUUUGGCGUAGGUGUAACUAACAUCCAACAUAUCAUUCAUAUUUACUUGUAAGUUAAUUUUUAUGAAGUUGUGCUUAGAAUUAAGAGUCAUCGCAAAGGAAAGUAAGACUACUAUAGAUUCGAUUUGUGUUUGGAACUUUUUAUUUCUAGGAUGUGUAAUUAUCGUCUGUUACAUUGUUAUAUGCAAAGCUGGGUUUUUAAUAUCGAUAUGAUACAGCAGUAGGGAAAAUAGUAUGUGCAACACUUCAUCAUUUUGUUGGCUGUUUGAAACAAUAUUUUUUUGUAGCUGGUAAUUAUUUUAGAUUAAUAUCACGGCUCAAUAUUCCUAAAUCUCAAAAAAAAAGAAUAACCUGAUAUCACUUCUGAUGUUGAGUUUUUGAAUCGGAAUUUUUAACCUAAAUGAUCGUUAGUUCGCAAUAUCAGCUUAUAGACUAAUCAUAUUAGCAAAUAUCACCGAAAUAAUCGUAAAGUCUGGUUUUAUUGGUGCAAGUUGUCAAAGAGGAUAUUUAAAACAUGGACGCAUAAAAAUAGCGCACCAAUUUUUGUGGGAAAACUUUUUAUCCGACAACAAAGAAUGAGAAAACGUGUUGACAGGAACGAAAAAACUUUCAAAAUAAGAUUUUUAGAUAUUUAUGAGACCUACAAAAUGAGACCAUACGUAAAAAGAUCCGACUAAUAGCAAAAAUGUUAUGGCCGAAAAACGAGGCAAAAACUUGUUGGUAAUGCGACGAUAAUUUCACGCAACUUCUUGAAAUUCUUCAAAUUCAUAGGAUUCAUUCUUCUAAAUAACAACAACAAAAUUGGAGUAUAUUGGUCAAGCAGUUUUUUGAGAACUUAUUUCUAUUGGUUUAUCCCAAAACACCUGUUUUCCGGCCACCACUACUAGUUUAUUGAGCCAUAUACAGGGUCCGUUCAAACAGUAUUUAAUAGCAAAACACACGUGUUUACCUUGCCGAUAUGAAUCACAAACCGUUCCGAAAGGUAAAUAUGUUAUUUUUAUGCGAAAAACAAAGGUUACGUUUUUUUCUUCUAAACGAAUUCAAACAUUUCGUAUUUGUGAGUAAUUGAACAAAUGCGCUACGAUAUUCGAAAAACAUACGUUACUAUACACAUUCUACAACAAACCGGGUGUGUCUAUCAUCUUUUGUUGCGAAUUACUCCCAAAUACGAAACGUAUACGUAUCCCAUCGUUUUUUGCAUAAAAAUAACAUUUAUCUUCCGGAAUGGUUUGCGAUUCAUAUCGGCAAGGUAAACUAGUGUAUUUUGCUAUAAAAUGCCCUUUGAACUAAACCUGUAUAUUGCUCAAUAAACUAGUAGUGAUAGCCGGAAUACAGGUGUUUUGGGAUAAACAAUUACAAAUUUUUACAAACUGCUUGACCAAUCUACUCCAAUUUUGUUGUGGUUUUUGAAAAAUUUAAAGUAUCUGCGAUAAACCAUCGUCGCAUUACCAACAAGUGCCAAUACUUGCGGUUUGCCUCCGUUUUCGGCCACAACUUUUUUGCUAUUAGUCGGAUUUUUUUAAGUGUGGUCUCAUUUUGUAGGUCUCAUAAAUACCUAAAAAUCUUAUAUGAAGAGUUAUUCCGUUCCUGCCAACACUUUCUAUUGAAUCCCAUUCUUUGUUGUCGAAUAAAAAGUUUUCCCACAAAAAUUGGUGUACCCAUUUUAUGCGUCCAUGUUUUAAAUACCCCCUUGAACAAGCAGCAAUUAAAACAGACUUAACAAUUAUUUCGCAAACCAGAGGUAUUUUCGUCUAAUAUGAUUAGACAUUAAAAAGCAACUCUUUUGUGAUACAAAAGAAAAAAUUUAUGCAAUAUGGUUGACGCGCUCCAUAAAAUGCCAAGAAAGCAUUAAAAAGUUACAACACCCAUUUUAGGUUGAUGAUAUUUUAGAAUCAUAUUCUUGCAUGCACCUAUCUAUUUUCUUACUGCUAUGUAUUUACAAAAUGUAAGUACCUUGGAUUUCUCUUUUACCUGUUUUGCUAUUAAAACUAGGCCUUAGAAGAAGCGACCAAAUACGUAGUUUUAGGGUUAUAUACGAGAUAUAUUUUAUAACAAGAUACGCCUUAUAGUCUUAGAAAUAUUGGAAUAAUCACAUUAAUAUAUCCAGUAACAUUAUUUAAGGAAAAGAUAUUCUAAUUACAUCGCGAGUGAUUUGUCCUGACCAAUAUUUCAAUAUCUGGCAAUUAUUAGUUGCUGUGUCGCCGAUUUUUGAUAGAACAUUUGGAAAACCGUGUGUUUAGUUUUUACAAAAUAUAAGAUGAAAAAUGAAAGCUGAGAGAGAAACUUUUCUUUAGCUGCUCAAAAGACCUCAUAUGCUAGCCACAUUUUAUUAUUUUUCAGAUCAAAGCUUAGUAUAUGAUUUUUAUGUAUGAAUCGGUUUUCCAUUAGUUCUUAUAUCAUUGCGACAAAAAAAAAAUGAAAGGAAGGUUGUUGUGUACCAAUAAAAUGUUGAAGAUUUUUCAAAGGAAUUGCAAGGAUAUAGAAAGUGAUUGGAUUGUGAUAUACUUUAUUUUUGUAUAUUGUGCGGCGAGGGAUAAGAGUUUUAUUUAUGAUAAUUGUAUAGAUACCGUGCCUUUUAUUUAUUUCAUUCAGAGUUUAUGCCUAUAGAGAAUCAUUAAAUAUGUAUCAAUUUUAAUAAACCUUUAUUAAAUA